AUGAGCGAGUCAGGCUCUGAAAGGGGAGAAUCUAUUUCAUAUGGAAGUAGUGAUAACAAGGAAGAUAAAGUAGAGAAAGUAGCUGAAACAGUUGAAAGCAUUAUUAAUCCAAAGAAAGAAUCAUCAUCAGAUGAUGAACUUCAUUCAGAUAAGAAAUCGGACAAGCACUCUAAAUCACACAGUAAUAGUGACUAUUCUGACGAAAUAGUUAUCCAAACACCACAUAGAGCAGAAAAUAACAGUUCAAAUGAACUAAAAGACAAAACACCACCGACAUCACCUAAAUCUCCAUUCAAAUUAAAGACAUUUAAAUACAAAAAUGGCAAUAGGAAGUAUCUAUUCCGCGAUGAUGACGAUGAUGUCAAAGAAAAGCCAAAUCCAGGCGAGAAACAAGAUAAAAAGUCUCGCCCAUGGUUUGAUGAUUCAGAAAAAGCAGAAGGUAUUGACUCACUUACCUCAAAAACAUCAAAAACGAGUAAAAAGAAGAAAUCUAAAAGCAAGUUCUUGAAUUUCGAGUCAGAUUCGGACUCAGAGCAUGAAGUUGUGAUAGGAAAAUCUCUAAAACGAGCAAACAAAGCCGAACAACUUAAAUUAGAUAAUAAAUACUUAAAUACCGAAGCAGAUAGCGAUUCUGAUGAUCUUAAGUCAACAAAAACGCGAGAUGCAGAUCUAAACCAAGAAAACCAGCAGCCUACAAAGGUUACAAAGAAAGCUACAAGUAAAUUCUUAGUUUUAUCUUCAGAUGAUGAAAAUACGAACGAAAAUGAAAGAAAACCUGUUGAAGAAUUAGUUUUACCAAAGCAUAAAGCUCAACCAAAGCCAAAAAGACCGAAACAAAAAUCUGAUCCACGUUUACAGCUAAUGAUCGAAGUUAACACGAAAGUUGAUGAAAACAAUGCUAAGAGAAUGACCGGAGAAGAAGAAAAAUUAAGAAUGGAGCAAGAAACAACGAAAUCUGAGUCAAUUUCUUUGUCAACAAGGAAAUCGACCAAUCAAGCAAAGAAAAUUGUUAAAUCAAGGAACAUUGAUUCAAAUAUUAGUCAUGGAUCUCCAAUGGACAAGAAAUUUUUGAAGAUUAAAAAUUCUGAUUCUUCUUCAUCGGAUAUUGAAGAAGAAUCACUUAACACACCCAUAAGAUCCUUCAAAACAGACCCAGCUGCAAGCCGUUUGAAUAAAUAUAACAUCGAGAAGAGUGAAGCUUCUGUACACGAAUGA